CAUCAACUGUGAGCCGAAGAAGACGGCAGCUGUGUUUGUUUCUUUCUUUCUCUGUCCCACAGACUCAGUUCUAGUCACAUCUCUCCCGUUAGCAAACGCGGUGAGCUGGAUGAGGAAAUGACACUGCGACCAAAGAGCCUCUUCAUGUUGCUUUGAUUAUGAUGUUGGGGAGGGGCAGGCUCGUGCCCUGUGUGUGUUUGGGAGUCCUUGGCCUCCUGUGCUGGGUCUGGGUUUCCUUUGCCUCUUUAGCGGAUGAACAGAUGCCCUUAGGGGCCUGGGAGGCAGUGGACCAUGCAGCCUUUCAGCCCCAGAGCGCUCUAUCAGAGAUGGAGUUUGCCUCCAUCAGUUCAUAUCGAGGUCCAGGCAACAAUGACCACCGCAGCAACAAGGAGCUGCCCAUUCUGCUUUGGUGGAGCGGAGGAUUGUUCCCACAUUUCCCUGGAGACACUGAACGCAUUGACUGUGCCAAGUCCUCAUGCCUGGUGACAAGCAACCGCAAGGUCCAGCUGUACAAAAGGACUGCAUCUAUUAUCUUCUAUGGCACAGACUUCCGUGCAUAUGAAGCACCACUCCCUCGACUCCAGCACCAAACCUGGGCCCUCUUCCACGAAGAGUCGCCCAUGAAUAAUUACUUCCUCUCACAUGGACCGGGAAUCCGACUGUUUAAUUAUACUGCUACUUUUCGGAGGGAGUCUGAUUACCCCCUGACCCUGCAAUGGCUGCCCUCUCUGGACUACCUGCUCAGGCCCACAUCUGUGCCUCUGGAGGAGAAGAACCGUUUGAGGAGAGAGGGCCUGGCCCCUGUGCUGUACAUGCAGUCUCACUGCGAUGUGCCUUCCAACAGAGACCGAUAUAUCCAGGAGCUCAUGAAGUACAUUGAAGUGGAUUCCUAUGGGAAAUGCCUAAACAACAAACCCAUGCCUGAACAUCUAGAGGACACAUCCACUGCCACUGGAGAGGAUCCAAAUUUCAUGAGCUUUGUAGCACGGUACAAGUUUCAUUUGGCACUGGAGAAUGGCGUAUGUCCAGACUACAUGACUGAAAAGCUGUGGCGGCCUCUUCAUCAAGGCUGUGUGCCCAUAUAUCGGGGCUCUGCAGUGGUGGCAGACUGGAUGCCGAACAAGCACUCCGUGAUAAUCAUUGAUGACUUCCCUUCACCAAAAGCACUUGCAGACUUUAUCAAAUAUCUGGAUGAGAAUGAUGAGGAAUAUGAAAAAUAUUUGCAAUUUAAGAACCCAAAGAGUAUAACCAAUACUAAAUUAUUGGAGGCAUUAGAGACCCGUGAAUGGGGAGUUAAUGACAUGAGUAAACCAAACUAUCUAAAUGGAUUUGAAUGUUAUGUCUGUGAUCAGGAGAAUGUGAGACUUGCAGCAGAAAAAGCAUACAAAAAAGUCCAGAGUGGUGAACCACCACCACCUAAAAUGGCAAAUAACUCUCACAUGGGGUGUCCACUCCCUCAGCCUGGGUAUGGAGAUGUUCAGGACCUGCCAGAAGAUGACGGAUGGUUGCAAAUAUGGCCUCAGGAUUACUGGCAGAGCCUGGACCAAGCCGAGGGGCUGGAGUCUCUGAUAAGACAUAACGAAUCAGACCCUUCAUUGCUGUGGAAGCACAUCCAAAACAUCGCUGUGAGCAGAGCCAGGAGACCCCACUGAUGGUGGCUGAAAUCUUGAGGAGCCACUGUCAUUCAAUUAUUCAAUUCACUGUCAGUUAUUCCUCUAUUUCAGUGACUGAAAUGUGCCAUAACCAGAUAAACCACUUUAUUAAGUGUUUAUACUUUUUAUAGCAAAUACAAUCGACUCUUAUAAGCAUGCUUUUUUAAGUUAUUUUGAAAUAAUUAGUGGUCAGUUCAAAGUGAGAUGGAUAUUAUUAUAUUUCCAUUAGUUUUUUUGUGCUGCCCAUUUGCCUAUUCUGUGCUUCGGUAAGCUUGCCUUUGAGGUACUGAAGGAUGGUUACAAUGCUGAAAACUAUUUUUUACCAAGACAAGACAAUACAUUUGAUAUGAAUUUGAAACAAAAUGUACUGUGUUUUAAAGCAAUAAGCAUUUCAUUUUGAGUGAAACUGGGCCCAAAUAAACUGUUGUUUUUUUGUUACAUAUAAGUCUCAAAUAUCUAAAAUAGGCAUACAUGCAUAUAAUUUCUUCUGCUCUGUCACUGCAGUAAUACACUAUAGUUUAUUCUCAUGGGAGGCACAUAUUUUAGACUGGAAAUACCCCAUGAUUUGUCCUCAAUACCCAGGGAGCCUGUCUAGCUGUGUGAAGCACUGCAUUUGUUUUUUUAUACUCUGCAGGUGGCAAAUACCCAUGAGCCAAAAGCACACUCCAAAUGUGCAAAGUGAUUUAAAAGGAAAUGCAAGUAAAAUAUUCAACAAAGGAAUUAAUUUAAUAAAAAUUCAUUACUUGUUGAAAGUAUUCCUCAGCUCAUCCAAAAGGUCUUUAAGUAGCACUAUGAUGUGCUUUUUGAAAAUGUUUUCUAAUAUGUAUGACCAUGGCUGGAUUUGUAGAUUUGAUCAUACAUGCUCUCAUAAAUGCUGGUAUGCCAGCUGUAUUUGAUGACCACCUCAUAUGACUUACUACCUUUGUAAUCUUUCUGUAUUUUUUUUUUUAUAUUUGGCAACCUACAUUGAGGGCACGCAUGCUGAUGCCGUAAAACACUUGCAAACCUUAUGCGCAGACCAGUGGCAAAAUCACCUAUAAUGGUUCACCUUCACCAAUUAUGAAAAGAACAAGAUUUAUUAACAAAGCAUUGAACAAUAAACAAUUUCAUGAACAGAAAAAUGACAUUAAAAUAGUAACCAGCUGUAAUAAACCCCAUGAAUUUGUAA